GCGCGCGAGCGAUCGAUCGAGAGCACAUUAUUGGAGCUCCGAAUCUGGCCGCUAGCGCCUCGGCCUCGACAGCACAAUUUAUACAAUUACAAUUGUAAAAGACAAGACAAGGAUUAAAUAUUGCAGGAUGGCAAAAAGUACGAAGAAGUCGACAAAACGUGAGAACAACGCAGGAGGAGAUGAUGGUGAGUCUUCUCCAUCUAAGAAGUUCAAGCCAUCAAGACGAGUUCCUCUCUGCUGGCAGUGGGAAGGAGACAAGGGCAUAUGGACAGCCUGUGCUGCGGAACUUACUAAAGCUAUCAACGACAGUCUGGAUGGAGAUGGUCAGAAUGUAAAGUUUGAAGCAGCUGGAAAGACACUAGAAGUUAAACUGGAUAGAAUGGUUCAAAGGAACUGUACCACUGGAUGGGAAAGGAGAAUGAGAUGCUGUAUUCAAGAUGGAAAUCAAUAUUUUGUGUGGCAAUGGAAAGAUGAAAAGAGGCGUUGGAAUGCCUACAGUCCGUCAGAAUCCAUCGCACUGGAAAAUGGACGUCAAAACAGUGAUGACACAGUCUCCUUGAUAAUUGCUGGAAGGAGUUAUACAAUCAAUCUGAACGACAUGGAACAAUGUAAUGAUGAUACAGAUGUGGUUAGGGAGAUCCAACGAUUAAAAACAGAACACAAUCCACCAAGUUCAUCCAUCAAACUUGUAAAGGAAUCAACAAAUGGUGUAGAGAAGGAGACAAAGAGUGGUAGAAAGGUCAAGAAUGAACCAAAGGUGGUAGAGGAAGAGGAACAGAUGGAGGAGGAGCAAGAAGAACAACCAAGUACAUCAAAAGCCAAACCAAAGACAAAGUCAGGAAGAUGGAAUGAAGGUGUGAAGACAGUGAGGAUCACUGGUAAUAGACCUCCUGUAGAUGGUGAAUGUGUUCAGAUGUCUGAUAAAGCACAGGUUUAUAUGGAUGCUACCUCAGCAAUGUAUGAUGCCAUGCUUAAUCAGACCAAUUUGAAGAACAACAACAACAAAUAUUAUGUGAUACAGCUUCUGGAGGAGACUAGUAGGAAAUGGUACCAUGUUUGGUUUCGAUGGGGUAGAGUUGGACACAAAGGGCAGAACAACCUUGUCAACUGUGGAACUGAUCUUGAAAAAGCAAAGUCUACAUUUGAGCAGAAGUUUUGGGACAAGACUAAAAAUGAGUGGAUGAAUAAAGAUAGCUUUGUGAAGGUAGCAGGGAAAUACGAUCUACUCAAGAUGGAUUAUGAUAUCAAGGACAAUGAGACAGAAUCAUCAGGUGAUGCAAAGAAAGCAAAGCCAAAAGUUCCUUCAAAGCUUGACAUCCGAGUACAGAACCUUGUAAGUUUGAUCUGCAAUGUGAAGGCAAUGGAGGAUAUGGUUAUUGAGAUGAAAUAUGAUACCCAGAAAGCUCCACUUGGUAAGCUGACUGUUGACCAGAUAAAGGCUGGUUACCUUGCUCUUAAACAGAUUGAGAUAUGUAUAGAGGGUGGUAUCAUCGGUGAUAAACUAAUCCAGGCUUGUGAUGCAUUCUACACCAGAAUUCCACAUAAUUUCGGCAUGCAGCGGCCUCCAGUGAUCCGAACGAAGAAUGAGUUGAAAGCCAAGCUUGCCCUGAUUGAAGCAUUGAGUGAUAUUCAGGUUGCUCUGACAGUUCUUAAAUCAGAGAAAAAUGAAGAUGAACAUCCGAUCGACCAACAAUAUCAUUCACUCAAAUGUCAAAUGAAACCAAUUGAUAAGACGUCAGAAAUAUUCAAGUUAAUCCAAAGCUAUGUGUUGAACACCCAUGCCAAGACCCACAAUCAGUACACAAUGACUGUAGACGAGGUCUUUGAUCUGGAGAAAGAAGGCGAGAAAUCUCGCUUCAAGGAUGUUGGAAACAGGAUGCUGUUGUGGCAUGGCUCUCGUGUAACAAACUGGGCCGGUAUAUUGGGUCAAGGACUACGUAUUGCUCCUCCUGAAGCGCCAGUAACAGGAUACAUGUUUGGCAAAGGAGUUUACUUUGCUGAUAUGUCAUCCAAGUCUGCUAAUUAUUGUUUUGCUACAAGGACCAAUCCUAAUGGAUUGCUAACACUCUGUGAGGUUGCCCUUGGCACUGAGAAUGAGCUUCUAGCAGCAGACUACAAUGCUGAUGCUUUACCACCUAAUAAACAGAGUGUAAAGGGAUUGGGACGUAUAGCACCAGACCCAAAGAAAAGCUUCACAAUGGAGGAUGGUACAGUAAUACCUCUUGGAAAAGGUAUCGACACCAAGGUAGUCAACCCCAAUGGCUAUACUCUAAACUACAAUGAAUACGUCGUCUACAACACCAAUCAGAUCCGUAUGCGCUACCUUGUCAAACUCAAAUUUAACUUCAAGUGAAACCUAAGAAUGAGAUAGACUGUGAUUGUACCACCAUUGCUCUUUAUGGAUUUGUUCCAGUCGGCUAUUGCUUUAAUAUUAUGAGAUGCUAUUGUCCUGUGCAGAGCUGUUAGACUUUGGAACUGGACCACAUCUAUCAUAGAAAUGACUGCCGUUUAGAAAGAGACUGUUGUAUCUACAUGUUUAAUGGGACCUCAUUGCCAUGAUGAUUAGAUGCCUGCAGGGCUUAAAGUAAUCCAAGACCAUAGAAGGCCAUGGCCAUUAAUACUAUAUUCAUUGGCCCCAAUGCCCAUUUCUCUGGCCUUGCAAAUUUUUAAGCCUUUCUUUUUCUUUGUCUUUUUCCUGUUUGUGUUAAUAGAAAUAAGCCAGAUGUAGAAAUGUGACUUUUCCCAAAAAAUGUUUAAAAUAUGAAGCCUGUGCCUGGCAUGGUAGGGUUUAUUGUCCAAUAACAUGCCCAAUAUUAAAUAUGUUUGAAUGGCAUUUUAAAUGAAAUCUAUGCCUGAUAACCAUCAUACACAUUUCAAGUCAAAAUGAGAUUGUGUUAAUAACAAAGAGUUUAAAUGUAUUACUACAUUCAAAUUUGUUCAAUGCCAUUAGUGGUAGACAUCAUGUUCAUGGUUGUACUUUUACCAUAGUCUUUUAGUAUUGGUAUUUCAUUGAGAGAAAAAUACAUCUAUAUGUUUCAUAUACACUUCAGCAUUGUGAAAGUUGAUAUGAUUUAUUCCAUGAAAAGUGAAUGUUCAUUUAUGAGAUAAAAUCUAUAACUGUAUGACAGGUGAUUUCAUAGCCCACUCUAGCUCUCAUUUAGCUUUUAGGUCACAAAAAAUGGUAUGUCAUCUAAUUAUCCUAUUAUAAGAGCUCUUAUGUGUGAAAGUUACUACAUACGCAAGUCUGAGAUAAACUUAAGACCAAUCUCUUUCUUCAUCAUUGUUUAACCUUAAUUAAUCACUUUUAUUAAUCUACAGCUAAUUACAGUCCAAAUAGAUGUGAAAUAUCAAGGCGAAUGGCACGUGUGUGGAUUUAGUCUAUUUAACCAGGAGUAAUAAAAUCAGAGAGCUUCGUUACAAUUAUAGAAAAGGUUCCAAAGGAAGAGGCUAUUUUAUAGUUUGUUAGCGAACUGUAGGAUGAUUAUUACAUUAUGCGAGAUCAACAUUUCACGUUGGCAAUCCUUGUUUUAAUUUAAGGUAUUGAGAAUCAAUGAUAUGAAAUAUGGUAUAAUCAGACCCAAGCAACUUAUUUUCAGCCAGUAAUUUUGUACACAUUUUAAUGUGAAUAAAAUGUCUCAUUCGAGAUGAUUUUCUGGCUUUCAUAGCAAUUGCAAGUGACAUCUUUGAUAAAUCGUAAACUAAUCCAAAGUUAAUAAUGUACUUCAUCAAGUAAAGCCUAAAACAUACAAUUACAAAGAAAAAGGUAAAGCCUAAAAUUAUUUGUUGGAAGUUAAUUUGGUAUGUAUGUAAAUGUUCUACCAAACUGAAUCUCAUGUAAUGAUAUUCUUAUUGUCAAAUAUAAUGUAACUUAUGCACAGAAUACAUGCAAUUCUCUAAAGAUAUAUUCUAUUUCUUUGUUGCUGAAAUUGAUAAACAAUUGAAAAAAUAUUGUUUGUGACCAAAUAUGAAUAUGUGUUCUUUACAGAUAUAAUCAUUGUUUUGUAGCAACUGGAAUAUUAAUCCACUUAUUCGUCUUACAUGCAGCUGAAAUUUAAAAAAAGAUGAAGAGGAGAGUGAAAUUUUCAGUCCUCAUUUGAAAUAACUUCUAAUGUUAAUUGGUAAGUUCUUUUCACUUUAAAUGUAUGAGUCAACUGAAGUGAAAUGUACCAAACUACAUGGUUGACAAUAUUGCUUUAAUUGCCAAAAUAUUUCAUCUGAGAGUCACACAUAUCUAUAUGAUGGAUAUAAAUUGUACCUUAUGUACACAGUUAUAACUGAUACACUCUUAAAAAGAGUUGAUUGAAAAAUCAAGCAAUAUAUAUCUUUGAUAUGUGUUAAGUAUGAUGGGUAGCCAUGCAGGCUUAGAAAUAGUUAUGCAGUCUUUCAUACCAUACAGUGUUUUUUACCAUACAGUGUUAAGUGUUGAGUUUUAACAUGUUGCAUUCUCUUUCAAUCCUGUUAUCAAGAAAUUUGGUGAAAUGCUUCAUCAGUAAAAGCGAACAUUUUGGAUGAUCAGGCAGAUCUGCUAACUGCUAAAAUGAAAUUUAAUUGAGAUAAACUAAUUUUUAUGAUAUCUAUUCUAUUUGUUCCAUUGCUUCGAAAAUUGAGUCUAGAACUUUUGUUGUUUUCAAGUCAAUAUCUAUUUUGCCUUGUUUUUUUUUACAUUUAUGUACUGUGAAAAUCACUCUUCUUUUGUAUCUGCCAUUUCCUCUUUACUUUAAAAUCCUAUGCACUAAAAGUGCAUAUCCCUUCUUUUAUCUUCAAAUUAAUUUCUCCUGCCUAGUUAUGGACAAAUGGGUGUGUCCUGAAAGUUCCAUGACAUUUGUUUCGACGACAAUUGCUCCAAUGUAAAUUCCACACAUUUUUGAAAAAAAUAUAUUUUGACAGUUUUAUUAAUUUUCAUAAUUAUAUGACAUAACAAAAACAAUAAUCAAAAGUAAAUUACUACAUUCAAAAGUAAAUUUCACACAUUACUGGAAUGACCAACUUCACCCCUAGAUUUAAUACUAUACCCUAUCCUAAACCUAACCCUAUGCCCUAUCCUAAACCUAACCCUAUAUCUUAAACGAAAUAAAGCCUGGAGCAAUUGUCGCCGGAGCACUGGCAUGAAAACUGAUAGUCUGCAUACACCUGUGAAAUUCCACAAUGUUUUCUUGACAAACAUCAAAGAUCCAGUAGAAGUAGAUCUACUCCGGUCUAACCUUAGCCAUUUAUUUUGCUAAAUUUUCCCUUUGCAUGGUGUAUGCAGUGCAGUGGUGCAGGUGGGUAUGUGCAUGCAGCUAGUGUGUAGGCAAUUAGUUGUAAGGAUCUAUAUAUUGUUAUGUAUAAAUUCUGAUGAUAGUGUUUUACAGUUCAGAUAUGUUACUUCUGCUUAUAUCCACAUGGUUUUUGUAUUUCUCUCAUUCAUGAAUCUUUUCUAUCAGUACAAACCUAUUUGCAAAAAAAGUUGAUGAACACUCUUCAUUGCAGUAUGUGAUUUGAAAGCUGAAUGUCAUUUCCACAUAGUAAUAAAAAUGAAAAUGAAGAAGACAAAGAAA